CAAAACUGCAUUAAAUACUGCAUCAGUAUUUAAUUUUUCCAAAAAAGAGGUUUCCUUUUGGUUACUGAGGUUAAGAUUAGGCUUCGAUUUAGGUGAAUUAAUAAUUAUGUGAAUAAUGUUCUCACAAAGUGUGUGUGUGUGGGUAGGAGGUGGAAAGGGGAGAGAGAGAGAGAGAGAGAGAGAGAGAGACACAGAGAGAGAGAGAGAGAGAGAGAGAGAGAGAGAGACAGAGAGAGAGAGAGAGAGAGAGAGAGAGAGAGAGAGAGAGGGCUUUCCCAGGGACAAAUCCACAGCACACAGCAAAGCCUCUGUAAGAAACUGAAGCCAAAGCCACCAUCAUGCAGACCAGCAGCAGCCAGUGCGUUCACAUAUCCAAUAAAAAGUCUCAUUAUAAAAGAGCUCCAUACUUUGAUGAGAGAAACGAUGAUAACACAGAAGAGGAGGAGGAUCCAAGAGAAUAUUGCGAUGGAGGCUACCACCCUGUACACAUGGGUGAUGUUUUUAACAAGAGGUAUAAGGUUCUGUCCAAGCUGGGUUGGGGCUACUUCGCUACUGUGUGGCUCUGUGUGGACCUCAGGUCUGGAAGACAUGUAGCAUUGAAGGUCCUGAAAAGUGGAUCUGGCUUCACGCAGGCUGGCCAAGAUGAGUUAUCACUACUGCGCUGUGCCAGCAGUCCGUCAGCCUGCCACCCACUGAGAGGACGCAUCGUGCAGUUGCUGGAUGAGUUCAAAAUAGCUGGUGUUAAUGGGAUCCAUGUGUGUCUGGUACUGGAGCUGCUGGGUCCUGAUCUGCGCUGUUGGCAGGUGUGUUUUGGCAAACCUGGCCUCUCGCUCACAUGUGUCAGAAAACUAAUCACUCAGGUGCUUGAGGGUCUUGACUACCUGCACACACACUGUAAGAUCAUCCAUGCAGACAUCAAGCCUGAGAACAUUCUGCUCUGUCUGGGGCAGCAGCCUCUGGCACACACAACACGCAUAAAUCCUGAGAACAUUUCAGUGAAAAUCACAGACCUGGGCAGCUCCUGCUGGGUGUACAAGCACUUCUGCGAGGAGAUCCAGACCCAGCAAUAUCGUGCUCUAGAAGUUCUGCUGGGUUCUGAUUACGGGCCUCCUGCUGAUAUCUGGAGUGUAGCCUGCAUGGCUUUUGAGCUUGCCACUGGCGACCCUUUAUUUGAGCCCAAAACUGGAAAGAAUUUCUCUUUGGAAGAAGACCAUCUAGCACAUAUCAUUGAGCUCCUGGGAAAGAUCCCUGCAUCAGUCGCUCUGUCUGGGAAAUAUUCAUCAAAGUACUUCAACAGCAAUGGAGAGCUGCAGAGAAUCGCUACCCUUCGCCCCUGGGGGUUGUAUGAAGUCCUGAUAGAGAAGUAUCACUUCCUUCUUCAAGAGGCAACUCUCUUCUCUGACCUACUGCUCCAAAUGCUGGACUUCCUGCCAGAGCAGAGAGUGACAGCAGCUCAGUGUCUCAAACACCCAUGGCUGAAAUUAUGACCAUACAUUCCCUUCUGACCUUUAAAACCCUUCAGAUACUUGUGCUUUUAGAUUUAAAUGUUUGAGUGGUUCACUUUUUGGCACUACAAGCUUUGGUGCUUAAAGUUCCUUCACUUAAAAAUCUUCAUCGUAUUAUGACUAUUUAGACAGUGAAGUUUUUGUAUUCCAGCUCAGGGAACACGGACUAUAAAAAAAAAGGACAGAAUGUCAGCCGAAAUAUGAGCCAUAUAGAAAUUACAGCUGUUUUUAUACACAGUCAAGGAUAAAUGACCAUAAAUAAAUCUUUCAUGUUUAAUAAUAUACUGCAAAUCUUUUGCAAUCAAUGACUGUCUAAAUGUGAAGUGAUGUAGUACAUGGCAUAAUUUUUGCACUAGCCUAAUGCUUUUUUCUGCUUAUUUUAAGAAACAGAAAUACAAACAUUAGCGCCAACUUAUACAUGAAGUGAAAUCAUGCAUUUCAAUAAAGGUCAUGCAAGUAAACAAAGAAACUACUAUCUAUA